AUGUCUACUAUUGUAGUUAUUGCCUGCCCGCCCAUUCCGGGCCAUACAAACCCCCUCCUUCCCUAUGCCGCGUACCUAAGACAUCAGGGCGGCUUUGAAGUGCAUUUCAUUGGCGGCGAUGCUUUUGCCCCGGCGAUCAUGCAAACAGGGUCCAUCUUUCACCAGAUUGAAGACAGCCGCGUGCCGGACAGUCAGCAUCAGCUUCCCCCAACUCCAGAGCGAUUGAUCGACAAAGUCAAACACGCUUUCAUCGAUACGACAGCUCACCGGAUGCGCUCAUUGCAGGGUGUUCUCGAGUCUCUCCGCGCGGCUCACCCAACACGCGAAGUUGUCAUCCUCCAGGAGAUCAUGUUCAUGGGCGUCUGGCCAUUUCUGCUCGACGCCCCCUUACCGGCGGGCUACAGCACCUUCCCAACUGUGAUCACCUUUAAUACAGCCCCAUUAGCCGUCUCGAGCAUCGACACUGCCCCCUUUGAAUCGGGAUUUCCCCCCGAUGCGAGCCCUGAGGGUCGCGCACGCAAUGUAGCCAUGUACGCGGCCGGGAAGCCCUUACAAGAUGAUCUAGUAAAUUAUGCCAAUGCAAUUUAUUCACAACUUGGCGCCAAGCAGAAAAUGACUAGCAUGGAUGACUGGUGUUACCUCUCUGGACGGCUCCUGCAGCCCUGUAGUCCAAGCAUUGAAUAUCCACGCAGUGAUCUCUCACCUGUGGUGACAUUUAUCGGCGGACUGUCGAGGAAGAGGAACCCUAUCCCUAUCGUUCUCAACCUGCCGGGUGGUCUUGUCUCAGACAAGCUGUCGAAGAAGAAGAGAAUUGUGGUGGUCACUCAGGGCACGCUGGUUCUCGAUUACACUGCUCUGAUCAUCCCGACCAUCUGUGCCCUGGCAGACCGGGAGGACCUACUCGUGAUAGCCCUGUUGGGAGUCAAGGGGGCAUCGCUGCCGGACAUUGAGAUUCCUUCGAAUACAAAGGUCUUUGAUUAUCUCGCCUAUGACGCCAUCCUGCCGUACACGGACGUCUUCGUGCUGAACGGGGGAUACGGCGGGUUUAUGCACGCGGUGAUGCAUGCAGUGCCAAUGGAGAUUGCAGGAGCAGGACCGGACAAGGCCGAGGUUGCUAGCAGAGGAGAAUGGGCAGGAAUUGCAGUCAACAUGAAGACAGAUAGACCAGGUGUUGGGGAUCUCAGACGGGCGAUUGAUAAAGUCAUGGAAAGCAAACAGAUGAAGAGCCGAUGUCUGCACAUCCAAAAGGAGAAUGAAGAUCUGAAUACCCUGCAACAGGUAGAGAGGGUGAUUAGAGGCCAGACCUAG